AUGAGUUUUCAAGAGCAUAUUUCCGCAAUAAAAAGACACUUUUUGACCCAGAAGCUUGAUGGAUUUUACAAGCCGAGAUCAAAAGGCAAGCACAUUCUUGCUUUUUUGUUUGUUGGCGCACUGAAUAUUAUAUUUGGGAGCAUAUCGACAAUUUUAUACAGUGGCUUAUUUGAAAUAAGCAUACCUUACACACAAGAUACAGAUAUCAAAGCAUACUUGCCAAGUGGUAAGAUUUACCUAUUUUUAGAGAUGCAUGAUUUUUACCAAACAAACCUGAAAUACAGUAAGAGCAUAAGCCAUGAUCAGCUAAAGGGAGAGCGGCCAAAAAAUCUCAAGGCAACAGAACCUUUAUCUUACGAAGGAGAAAGAGUGAUAUAUCCGGCAGGAAUCCUUCCAAACAGCUUUCCACAGGAUAGCUUUGAGAUUAUAGGAACUGAAGUAGGAACUGAGGAUAUUUCGUGGAAGUCUGAAAGAGACUCAAUAAAGCCAUCGGGAUAUACACGUGAUGAGGUUGCUUCACCGCCUGCAUGGCCGGUUUAUAAAGAGAUCCCCGAUCUUCAUCUCAACGAGAGGUUUGUAAACUGGAUUUAUAUAUCUCCAUUCCCAAGUUUUAGGAAGCUCUGGGGUACUGCGUAUAUGGAUCAAGAAGGAGAUUACACACUGAAAAUCACAUCUAACUUUCCAUAUGGAAAAAAAUACCUUACAAUUGCACAGUCGUCGGUCAUUGGCACAAAGAACUACUUUAUAUCUGUUGGAAUGUUUUUUAUUGGAUUGGUAAUGAUUUUGGCUUCUAUGCUCAUGUAUAGAUCAUUCUUGCAAAGUGAACCUGAUGAUGUAAUAAAUUAG